AUGCCCCACGCGCAGUAUGUACAUCCUGCUACGCUCACGGAGAGGGCUCAAAAUAGCGUCCACAACAAACAUAUAUUCAAAGCUCCCCCCCCCCCUUUCGUCGUAGCGGAGGACGCUCUCGAGUGCCAUUUGGAGACAGUUGCCGAGCGCUUUGACUGUCACCCCGAAGAGAACGCCAGCGAAACCUCCUGUCUCCUUCGCCGCUGCUGCUGGGGGGUCUUGGACAACACGGUGGACGAGACGGUUAAGAACAGUGUCGGGGUUCCGCGAUGCUUCUUCCCCAAACACUACCUGGGCUACUCCGUCCAGGGUGCCCAGAGCUCCAUCGACCGGAUCACCGUCCAACUCAAGCGACGGACGCCGUCCGGCAUCGACGUCGACGUGCCGCUCGUUCAGGUUCAAGUGCUCUUUUACGAUCGGAACACGGUCAGGAUAAAGGUCCUGGAUCCGUCGGUUCAGCGCUUCUCUCCUCCGGUGCCCAGUAUCCGCGACCAAACCUUCUCAGGUCUCUGCGAGUACGGCGUCAACUUCAGCGACGCCGACGGAAAAAUUCGGGUCUAUCGCCUUGAAUCACCGGACAUUGUCCUUUUCCAGACAGACCUAUCGAGACUGGUGUUCACCGACCAGUUCCUCCAACUUUCGACAACGAUGCCUUCGAGCACAGUGUUCGGCCUGGGCGAGCAGUGGAGCCACCUACGCAGAGACACCAACUGGACUCGGCACGUGUUUUUCAACAGAGACCGAGGGCCCGUGGAAAACGAAAACCUCUACGGGACGCAUCCGGUUUAUUUUGGACUUGAGCAGGACGGCAAGGGCCACGGCGUUUUCCUGCACAACAGCAACGCGAUGGAGGUUUUCCUGCAACCGACUCCGGCAGCCACCUUCCGCGCCAUCGGUGGCAUCCUGGACAUGUUCGUCUUCGUAGGCCCAUCCCCAACCAAGGUGGUUCAGCAGCUUCAGCACGUGGUCGGCUUUCCCGCCAUGCCCCCUUAUUGGGGCCUGGGCUUCCACUUGUGUCGUUUUGACUACGGGUCGCUGAACAGGACGCGCUUCAUCAUGGAGAAGAACAUCCAGGCUGGAAUACCAUUGGACACGCAAUGGAAUGACAUCGACUACAUGAACGAUGGAAACGACUUCACCUACGACCCUCACCAGUUCCGUGGACUCCCAGAGUUUGUGGACGAGCUGCAGGCCGGUGGCCGUCACUACGUCAUCAUCCUCGACCCUGCAGUGAGCGGCUCGGAACCUGCAGGAACCUAUCCUCCCUACGACCGAGGCAUGGAACUGGACGUUUUUGUGAAGAAUGCCUCUGGGAGCGUCGUGUACGGGAAGGUUUGGAAUGCCAACAGCAGCGUGUUUCCUGACUUUUCACAUCCGAGGGCGGAGGAAUACUGGAUCUCGCAGUUUAAGAACUUCCACGACUUGGUGCCAUUUGAUGGAGCCUGGAUUGACAUGAACGAGCCGUCCGUCUUCUACAACGGCCAUGCCGGCGGAUGUCCCGAAGACAGCCGCCUCGAACAUCCCCCGUACGUCCCUGGAGGAGAAUCCCUUUCUGUCAAGACUCUGUGCAUGAGCGACCGCCAUCACAUCUCGGCGCAUUACGAUGUGCACAACAUCUACGGACACCUAGAGGCCAGAGCGACCUACAAGGCUCUUGCGACUAUUCGACAAAAGCGACCAUUCGUCAUUUCCCGUGCGACGUCCGCCGGACAGGCGGCCUGGUCUGGACACUGGUCUGGAGACAUUGAGUCGUCCUGGAAGGACUUGAGGCUAAGCGUACCAAACGUGCUGAGUUUCGGACUGUACGGCAUACCCCUGGUCGGUGCGGACAUCUGCGGCUUCAACUCCAACACAACGGUGGAGCUCUGCGCUCGUUGGCAAGCCCUCGGAGCGUUCUACCCCUUCUCCAGAAACCAUAACACCAACGAUGCAAUGGACCAAGAUCCAUACAGCAUGGGACCUGUGGUGCUUGACGCAGCUCGAAGCACCCUGAUGAUGCGGUACACGCUCCUGCCUUACCUGUACACACUCUUCUACCGGAGCCACGUCCUAGGCGAGACCGUCGCAAGGCCGUUGUUCAUGGAGUUCCCUCAAGAUCCAAGCACAUACGACAUUGACGAGCAAUUCCUCUGGGGACCGGGCCUGAUGUUCAACCCGGCAUUGUACGAAAACCAGACGGAAGUCAAUGCAUACGUCCCGGCCGGUGUAUGGUUUGACCUCGAUCGCGGAACACCGUACCAUCAUCCCGAGGGCCGCUACCGGACCUUUCCUUCGCCCUUGAACGUCGUGAACAUCCUGGUACGCGGAGGUUUCGUUGUUCCGGGCCAGGAGCCAGCCCUCACCACGACCCAGAGUCGACAGAAUCCAAUCGUGCUCCUUGCAGCACCUGAUAUCAAGGGAACGGCUCGAGGAGAAUUGUUUUGGGACGACGGAGACUCCAUAGACACCGUGGAAAGAAAUGAGUACAACCUCUACGAGUUCCUGCUAGUCAGGGACCUUUUGCAUGUAAGCUGUCACAAACGAGGAUUUCAAGGCAACCUGAAACUAGGCAGGGUUGUCGUCUACGGUGUCUCCACUGCGCCAGCGAGCGUAACCAUUGAAGGAACGGACAUAAAGUUUGACUACAAUGAGACAACACAGAUGCUGUCUAUUCUGAACAUCGAUAAGCCUCUUGAUGGUGAUUUCGUUAUCAAGUGGUCGUGA